CAACAAGGCACCGUCUUCCAAGAUGGUAUGAUCUGUGGCAUGUGGCGGAAUUUGCAGAAGGCUUCCAUCCGGUUGUUGAAAGUGGACCAGAUGCGCAUAACCCUAAUCACCCAGACUCAUCCUGCAGGGGAGGUUCACGGGCAGAUCGUGAAGCACCGGGCCCUCUUUGCAGAGACUUUCAGUGCCAUCUUGACAUCCACGGACCCAACUCACCUGAACAUGGGAGGCAUCGCUAUGCUCACCCUGAGCGACACUGAGAACAAUCUGCAUUUUGUCCUGGUUACUAGGGGCUUUCUGGCAUCGGCAGACAAAAAAUCCGAUCGGAUCCCUCUCAGGGUGCAAAUCCUACACCAGGACAAUGUUCUCAGGCAGGUUCUGGCUAACGUCACCUUACAGGACCCCGAUUUUGCAGAGGUGCUGAUGGAACUGGGGAGUCAGGAGAUGCGCUGGCUGGCUCAAGGACAGCUGAGGAUGACUGCAGAGGUGGAAGGUGGAGCCCGUCGCAAGUUAGCUGGGCACAUCGCGAUCCGGAGAAGCUGUGACACCAUACAGAGUGUGCUUUGUGGAGCCAAUGCCUUGAUACCCACUCACACAGGGGCAGUGGGCUCUGCCAAGGUUGUGCUACAUGAAAAUGGGACAUGGGAAUACCAGAUCCAGGUAGCCGGAACAGGAAGCGAGGUGAUUGGCGUCACCUUGGAAACCAAACCCCGCCGAAGAAAUAAACGCAGCAUUUUGUAUGACAUGACCCACAGCUACAGGGAUGGCAUGGCCAGUGGCUCCUGGACACAAGCCAGCGGGCGUGAUGCUCACAUGCUGCUGCAGAACGAGCUCUUCUUAAAUGUCGCCACCAAGGACUUUGAGGAUGGAGAAUUGCGUGGACAGAUAAACUCCAUGCUCUACAACGGACACUUGGCCCGUUAUCAAGAAUUUCCCAUACUUCUGGCCGGCCAAUUUGUAUCCCCUGUGGUGCACACGGGCUCUGCUGGACACGCCUGGGUGUCCUUGGAUGGUCACUGCCAUCUGCACUAUGAAAUCGUGGUGGCCGGCCUCGGCAGGGCAGACGAUGGCACCGUGAGCGCUCACCUGCAUGGUUUUGCCGAACUGGGAGAGAUUCACGAGACCAGCCUCCCCGAGCACAGGAGGCUGCUGAGAAGUUUCUAUGGCGCGGAGGCCCAGGGAGUGGUGAAGGACCUGGACGCAGAGCUGCUUCGGCACUUAGCUCAAGGCACAGCCUUCCUGCAAGUCAGCACCAAAGCGAACCCCCAAGGAGAGAUCCGAGGGAAGAAGCGGACGGUGAUCUGUGAUCCGGUGUUGUGCCAGCCACUCAACUGCUCCCAGCCAGUCCAUCAAAGUAAUCAGUGCUGCCCUGUGUGUCAAGAAGAAAAUGAAGAACAGAAAAGAGCAGAGAAAAUUCGAGACGGCAGCGAAGGAUGCUAUUUUGAUGGGGACAAGACGUGGAGACGCGCAGGCACACAUUGGCACCCUGUAGUGCCCCCCUUUGGGCUCAUCAAAUGCGCGAUUUGCACCUGCAAGGGAACCACAGGAGAAGUUCACUGUGAGAAGGUGCAGUGCCCCCAGCUGGCCUGCAGUAACCCCAUCCGGGUCAACCCAUCUGACUGUUGCAAGCAAUGCCCAGCCUUGGAGAAGAGCUCCUCCCUGCUCUCCGACAUGAUGCAGGCGGACGGCCCUCGAGCUUGCAAGUUUGGGCGGCAGUGGUACAUGCACAACGAGAAGUGGCACCCUACGGUGCCCCCUUUUGGGGAAAUGAAGUGCAUCACCUGCUGGUGCCUGUCUGGAGAAACACAUUGUGAGCGCCAAGAAUGUUCUCCAACCGCUUGCUCCAAGGAAGGGAAAAAGGGAGACUCCUGUUGCACCCAGUGCCAAGCAUCAGAGAUCCUUCAAGAAGAAGCUCAAGGGACCUUUGAAGGGGUGACCAAGCACUCCUGGAGGCAUUAACCAG